UGAACAAUUUAUUUGGUAUAGACUUGACAUGAAGCACACUCUUCCAUAUAAAAACAAUGAACUGUCUUUGGCAUGGAUAGGAGAUAGCAGCUAUGUCAAAAUUCUAUGACAUGCAAAUCCACAUUAAUGAUGAGGAAAUAUUCUUUAUACACGAGAAGUUGAUAUCAAAAUAUUGUGGAAAAUUGAAGAAAAUGUUAAAUGAUGAAAGGAGAAUAUUUCAUAUCAAUGAUUUUCCUGGAGGAUCAUAUGGAUUUGAGUUAGCUUUGAAAUUUUGUUACAACAAUGGCAAAAUCACCAUUAAUGCAUCCAAUGUUCUUAUCCUUCAUUGUUGUGCUCAUUAUCUUGAAAUGAGUGAAGAAGUUUGUAGCAACAAUCUCUUGCAACAAACACAAACAUUUCUUGAUGGAAUCUAUGAUUGGAAAUGGAAUGAAAUAAUAGUAAGUCUCAAGUGUUGUGAAUGUGAGAAAUUUUAUACAUAUGCAAAUAGCUAUGGUAUUUUGGAGAAGAUUAUUUGUGUAUUAUUAGCAAAGUUGGUUCAAAAUUCUGAUUUCAAUUUCAUCACUUCCUCAUCUUCAUCUUCAAUAUCUUCUCCGGAAAGUAAUUUUGCGAAGAAACUCUCUUUUUCGACCAAAGUUUCUUCUCCAAAGAAAAUUGUUCCGGACUGCGCUGAGAUCCAACUAGGGUCAAUAAUAAAGUCAAGUUCUCCCAACAAAGUUUGGUGGUUUGAGGAUUUGUCUACAUUACCACCAAAGAUUAUUGAGAAGUUUCUUAAGGGUAUUGGAGCUUAUAAAAGUGAUAACAAAAAUUUAAUUGUCACAAGAUUUCUUCUUUAUUACAUGAAAAAAAUUACUCCAAAUUGCAAAAGUAUUAGUGAGUAUGCAAGUCUUGGAGAAACAGCUGCUCAUGGAGUCAUAAAUGUUGGUGACAAGAAUUUUUCAUGUAGAGGCCUUUUUUGUGUGCUAAGGAUUUUAUCAAAGUUUGGAAUAAGUAAAGAUUGUAGAAAUGAAAUGGAGAAAUUGAUAGGUGGAAUGUUUGAUAAAGCAACAUUGGAUGAUCUACUAGUUUGUGGACAUGACAUGGGACUUUAUUAUGAUGUUAGUUUUGUGGUAAGGUUGAUUAAAGUAUUUGUUGGUAUCAAUGAAAAUGAUGUAGAGAAAAUGAAAAAAGUUAGUGGAUUAAUUGACAAGUAUUUGAUAGAAAUAUCUCCUGAUCAGAACCUUGAGAUCUCUAAAUUCCUAGAAGUUGUAGAAUGUUUGCCUGAUUUUGCAAGGGAUUGCUUUGAUGGGGUCUAUAGAGCCAUUGACAUCUACCUUGAGUCUCAUCCAAUGAUUGCAUUUGAGGAGAGUUCAAGAUUGUGUAGAUGUCUUAAUUACAAUAAACUAACCUUUGAAGUUUGUAAAGAUCUUGCCAAGAACCAAAGAAUACCUCCAAGGAUUGCAAUGCUGGCACUUAUGUCUCAACAAAAAAAUGUUCCACCCUGUGAUUAUGCAAUUGAUGAAAGUGAAAUGAGCCCUUCACAAAUCAUUUUGUACCAUCAAGAUAAGAAUGACAACUUCUUGGAAGAUAAAGAAGAUAUGAGAAUAAACCUUGAGAGAAUGCAAUGGAGAGUUAGGGAAUUGGAGAAAUUAUGCAUGGAAAUGAAAGUUCAGAUCACAAAGCUCAAUGGCUAUAAUGUAUAGAUUUUUCAGUCUAUUACUAUCCAAGAUAUAUUUAUCUCUUUGAAUUGUAAAAAAGCUGCAUUAUUUUGGGGAUUAAGGUGUUUAUAGUGGUAGACUAGUUUGUGAAUCUAUCCAAGCUACAUUUUGUACAGAUUGAAUGUGUUUUCUUAGUCCCCAUUUGGAUUGAGCUUAUUUUGAACUUAUGAAAAAUAGCUUAUGCAAAUAAAUAAACUUUUAUAUUAAUUCAUAACUUCUCACUAACGAAAACUUUAUCUUCAUAAGUUGUUUUUUCAUAAACUACCUUAACAAGCUCAUGAAUAAUAUAUAAAAGCUUAUUUAUUUGCAUCAGCCGUUUUGCAUAACCUCAA